GGAGGGACAGGAGAAGACUGGAUCCUCCGUGUUCAGGCCAACUGCGCCGAGGUCGGCCUGGCAGUCCAGUGAAGCCCCAGCGACCGAGACACCACAACGACAGCUCCCCGUGGAUUUAAUCUCGGUACCGUCCGCCGGUGGAGUGAGUGAGCCCGCUCCGGGAGACCGUCUUGCGCACCAGCCAGCUGUCGGGCUAUCAACGACCCGAGACCUCGCUUGGUAACCGCUACAUCUGGAUUUAGGAAACACCGCUCGGACCUAAUCGAGUUACCGGCUUGACGAGGCUACAGGGCGGCCACAAAGCCGCGGAUCGCCCGUUGACAAGUUGGGCAUCAUGGGCAACACGCCCACGGCCAGGAAAGGCAGCGAGAUGGAAAGCGUCAAGGAGUUCCUUACUAAAGCCAAAGAGGACUUUCUGAAGAAGUGGGAGAGCCCUGCACAGAACACCGCCGGCCUGGAGCAGUUUGAGAGGUUGAAAACCCUGGGCACGGGCUCAUUUGGCCGUGUGAUGCUUGUGAUGCAGAAAGAAACGGGACAGCAUUACGCCAUGAAGAUCCUCAACAAGCAGAAGGUGGUGAAGCUCAAGCAAAUAGAGCACACUCUGAACGAGAAGAGGAUUCUUCAGGCUGUCAGCUUUCCUUUUCUGGUGCGGUUAGAGUACUCGUUCAAGGACAACACUAACCUCUACAUGGUGAUGGAGUAUGUACCCGGUGGAGAGAUGUUCUCCCAUCUACGGAGAAUUGGCAGAUUUAGUGAGCCUCACGCUCGGUUCUACGCCGCUCAGAUCGUUCUCACCUUUGAGUAUCUUCACGCUUUGGACCUGAUCUACAGAGACCUGAAACCUGAGAACCUGCUCAUAGACCAACAGGGCUACAUACAGGUGACAGAUUUUGGUUUUGCCAAACGCGUAAAGGGCCGGACCUGGACACUGUGUGGCACCCCAGAAUAUCUGGCCCCAGAGAUUAUUCUCAGCAAGGGUUAUAACAAGGCCGUAGACUGGUGGGCGCUGGGCGUGCUGGUCUAUGAGAUGGCAGCAGGGUACCCGCCUUUCUUUGCUGACCAGCCCAUUCAGAUCUAUGAAAAGAUCGUUUCGGGGAAGGUGCGUUUCCCAUCUCACUUCAGUUCAGAUCUGAAGGACCUCUUGAGGAACCUGCUACAGGUGGAUCUAACAAAACGCUACGGGAACCUCAAGAACGGGGUCAACGACAUCAAGGGACACAAAUGGUUUGCGACCACUGACUGGAUUGCCAUCUACCAGAAAAAGGUGGAAGCUCCCUUCGUUCCCAAGUUCAAAGGACCGGGCGACACCAGCAACUUUGACGACUACGAGGAGGAGGACAUCCGCGUCUCCUUCAAUGAGAAAUGUGCCAAGGAGUUUGCGGAGUUCUAGACAUAAGAGAGAGAGCGCGAGAGAGAAGGAAGAAGGAAGUAGGGAGAGUCAAAGGUAGGCUGGUCAAGUGGGAGACAUAAGGAGAGAGUACUGUCUCCUGUCCAAUCACAAGCACCAGCUACAACAAGAGGGGGAGGGGUGGAUAGAGAAGGGAUAAAGAGCAAGGAGACUGAUAACCAGCAGUGUUGCCUUUUCUGUUGCGUUUCCAUUGUAUUUUAUUUAUGAUUCCGUCUUAUUUAUGGAUCCUUUUACAACGAAGGCGUGCUUCUGAUUCAAGGGUGUUGGGGAACCCCGCUUAUUUUAGAGAGUAGCCUCGACACAUUUUUCCACCCAAGAUCCUCCCUCCUCUUUGAUCGUUUCAUUCGUCAUUUCAUCACGUUCAGGCCACGUCACAGAGAAAUCCGUCCGUCCGUCGUAGUCUCCUGCGGCCGGUCGUUCGUCCCAUGAAGCCUAAAGAGUCGAUCAAGUUGAGGUCUCAGUCUGUACAAAAGUUCCUUCAAUUUAAACUGAUAGCCGGCCAGCUUGCUCUCUGUCUCUGGUGAGGAGGAGGAGGAGGAGGAGGAGGAGGAGGAUUUAAUUGGAACAUUUGAACGAAUCACACUCGUAUGCACUUAAAUAACUUUGGGCAUUUAUUCUUUGAAGUAUUUAAACAUUUGCCGGUUCAUAUCGCAGACGUCGUACCUCGAGUCACCGGCAUUAUUGGCCAAAAGAAAAACAUGAAGAUGAUGCGUCGUCUACUCGAAGAAGUUAGUGUCCGAGACGGAGGCCACUUCAGGGGGAAGAAGUCGGUUCAGUUUCCUGUCUUAACUCCAUCGAUACUUCUUUUCAUUGUUAGCGUAGCCAGGCUUUGUGCCGCCAUUUUCAAACGUCACUAGACUCUAGUCGCUCCGAUUAUUUCACGUCACGCAAAACAAACAAGGAAAUUUGGAUACGGGAAUGUAAAUAUCUCAGUUUCAAUAGUGUUGUGAAGGAACACCAUAACAUAAUGGUAUCUCAGGUUUGAACAUAUCACUUAAUAAGACAUUGUAUCAACAUUAAGCACUGGGGUUAGCAGGUCAAGAAGAUGCGUGAGACACUCGCUUAUGUUCUAGAUUUGGGAAUUUAAAGUUCCGGUGAGCACUAAGAGGAACGAAAAGGGAAUAUUCUGACUUUUUAGUUCGGGUAUUCCACAAUUUUCCCUUCCAGAGGAUUUAGUUUUGCGAACUCGACAACUCUCGCUCGCUGUCUCUGCUCGGAGCUCGUUGACUAGUCGAGCUGAUGCAGCAUUUUGAAUCGACCAAUCGGCGCUCGCCUACUCCGGUUCGAAGAGACCAUGCGAGGCCGACUACCUCGAGCUGCUUCUAGUGGUCACUGGAGCUCGCUGAGCAGUCACAGGUGGUCUGGGUAGUGCGCUUCAUGGUCUUUUUAUAGACGCCUGUGUUCAUCUCCACGGCACUCUCCCUCCACGUGGCCGGCUUACAUACAUACGCGUGCCAGCAGCUCUGUUUCCCCAUCUCUGUGUUUACAUGCACAGUUUUUGUUUUUUAAUUCUGUUUUUUUCCAUGUGGUGAUGAUGUAAAAGAGGACCGCUACUCCGUUGAAGAAGUUAGGAACAGGCGGAAGAGUUGAACGGAGGUCGUGCUGAGAAGAGACGAGAAUGAGCUCAGUGGUAUACAAGCUGUUUUUAAAGAUGCGCGACACAUAGCAGCACUCCAGGUGUCCAACGCCUAAUUAGCACCUGAGCUAUGGUGGCAAAGUACUUCAAGCAAUGCCCAAAAUGUUGGUCAUUGUAGGAUUUGGUCAUUCAGAAUUUAUAAAUAGUGUCUAUUUCGAACAUUCAAAUGCCUUCUUCAUAGCUGUGUUUUAAUGUGCCAUCGUGAUGAAGAUAAUCUAUCGUGGGUCAAACAGGCGCUCUGGUUUUUCUCUGAUUUGCUAUGAAAUCCAGAUUAUUUGAACGAGUCCUUCCUGUCCACAAAAAAAGUUCAGAUGUUGAGAAAUGUAACAAGCUUUUUCUCAAACUUACACAUUUGAAUUGUGCAACUGUGUGUGUGUGUGUGUGUGUAUAAAUCAAUCGAUACACGCAUUGCAUUUAUAGUCUCAUCAAAUGAAAAAUUACCAACCAUCAAGGAAUAUUUACAGUGGGCUAAAUGACCUGUUUCAGAUCAUUUUUAGAUCUAUGAAGCCCAACGAGCCGGAUCAACCAGCUGGCGGGCCCAAACCCCUAUCGCCCCUCCAUUCCUCCCUCUGUCUGUACAUCAUGUACAGUAUGCCGCAGGUUUACUGUGUGCUAAUUUGAUUUAAACAAAUUAAUUGAGGGACUUGCAGCAUUAAAUCAAUGGAGGCAUUAAAGGGCCAGUGAUUCAAUAUAGCGCCUCCAUAAAACCAGCAAGAGAUUUAAGUGGCCUAGAUAUCCUAAUGAUUAUGCCAUGUUCAUGACAUAUGAGACGGAUGUUUUUGACAACUUCACAGGCCGAGGAGUCGUCCACACGAGUGGUAAACAGACUGUGGCAUGUCAGAUCGACUGGGUCCAGGACAGCUCUCAGACGGGGGACUCGAGUUGAACUCCAAAAGUAGCACCUAUCUCAAGUCCCUUUGCGGUGUCCGUUGAUAUCGUGCUUAAUAAAUCCCAAACUGAGUUGAUAGUAAUUAAAUUACCACAAAUAACUGCUGCGGUGAACUCUGGGCGUUUGGGGUCCGGCGCCCUGCAGUUGCCUCUUUGGUAAUCCGGCCUCACUGUUGUCCAGUAAAAACAGUCACACACACACACACACACACACACACAAGGCAACCAACUCGUGACCAAAAGGGUUCAGCCCUCUCCUGUGUGCCCCGACUCGUCAGAUUCUUCGUUCUCAUCGAGAGAGGUGGAAACACAUUUCACUGAUCAAUCCCAAGUCAAAAUCAUAACGGCAGAUAUCUGGUGGCAAGACGAGGUGCUCACGUGUUAUCAGAUGGCUUUUUGGAUAUGAUGGACUAUUUUUCCAGACCCUUUUUAUUUAUUUAUUAUUAUUAUUAAUAUGAUUAUGAUUAUGACAUUGUUGUAAACCACUUGUUGAGACUUCACAUUCGCUGUAUUUUCUCCAUGUCGAUGACUAUAUCAUCAUGGACACAAUUGAAGUUCUGAUACAAUAUUAUUCCCCAUCUCCUCGAUGUUUUUUGCAGUGAUACAACUUCCUCUAGAUGCAGGCACAAUGCUGGUACAUACUGUCGCACUUUUUAGGGAAACGAGACCCCGACGUAAACCAUGUUAACCCCCCCGCCACACACACACACACACACACACACACACACACACACACACACACAUAUACACGUACAGACACACUGCAAGGGGAAGCGUCUAAAGUCACGGGAACAGUGACAUACAAAAACACGAAGUGUAAUAUUUUGCAACAUGAGUAUCAUUCCAAUAAAGUUUUACUUGUAAAAUUC